AAGAAAAAAACAAUCUUAUAAGAAGAAGCGUUAUAGCGACGCAGGCAAAGUGAGGAAAUCGUUUCCUAUAAAUUGUAACCACAAAGUGCUCUUUUCUUUUUUCUUCUUCACACAAACCCUAACCUUUGAUUUCUGAAUUAAAGCUUCUCCUUCAAUCUCUCUUGGUCGUUGCUCCGCUUCCUCACUUCUUGUUCAAAGUUUGAGACAUCAGAGAGAAGGAUGAGAAUUGAUUUUGCUGAGCCAGAGUGCAGAGACUGUUACCAUUGUCGCACUGCAGGCGUACUCAAUACCCAAGAAUCUGAACUGCACAGUGUGAUUGGCUCAUCCUUCGCUUCAGUUCCGAUUGGUCCCGGAACUCUUCAAGAAGCUCUUGGGCAUGUUGUUGUUUCAACCUCAUCUUCUUCGCCAACUAUCUUUGGAUCCGCUCCUGCUGCUACCCCUUCUGUUAAUUGCGGACCAGAGCAAUCUGUUGACCCAAAACAACGGUCCUUUGGGUCUCCCUCACAAGGACCAGCCUUCCAAGCUCCUAUACUAGCUACUAGUUCUGGUUCUGGUGCAUCUGGAGCUUCCGCAUCCGCAACUUCAUCUCCAGAUCACAGCUCUUCAGUAUUCAAACUCGGAUCCGCUCCUGCUGCCACCACAUCUGUUAGUUCCGGACCAACGCCAACUCUUGCCCCACCCAUCUUCGCAACUGAAUCCAUAUUUAAAGCUCCUGUCCAAGGUAAUACUGGUUCGGUUAGUUCUGCUCCAACGCAAGCUUUUGGUCAACCCACAUCUGUUUUGGUGCACUCUCUACUCCCACACCACAGAUUUGGGACAAUGCAAGAUCCCUUCCAGUCUGGUGCAUCUUUUAGCUUUCCGACAGUGCAUAGUUUUGGCAAACCUGCUUUUGCAAGACCUGAUGUCGGUAUCUCGCCAGUAACUUCCUUUUCAAACACUACAACAGGUGUUUUUGGUGCAACUACAGGGAUUUUUGGGCAAACGCAAGCUCCUGUCCAAGCUAGCACUUCCACAUCCCCACCAUUUGGUUGUAACCCAGGAGCCUUGGGGAGUGGCUCUUCACCGUUUACUUCUGCUUUUGGUUACCAGCCAGCAUCUUCCUACCCUGCCAGACAAAACACAUCGACUGGUUUUGGUACACCUACAGGGAGUUUUUGUUCACAGUUUGGUUCCAAAUCUGGAGUGAACUGCAGUGGUUUUCCUGGAUUUGGUGUAGGCUACUCGCCUGGGUCUUCCUCUAACCUAUUGAGCCCAAAUCCACCAAAUUUUGGUGGUGGUUCAAUAGGUGCAGGUCCUCAAUCUUUUGGUGUCCUUGGAGCUACUACUAUGUCGCCGAGCUCGCCUCUUUCAUCACCUUCUUUAUUCAGCACCCAUCCCAAUAUUGGAUUCAAUCCUUCUGCAUCUCAUGAAUGGAGUUACGGCACUAAACAAGGUAGUAGAACUCCAGCUUAUGCGCCUACACAUGAUGGACAAAACAAAUCUGCUUGGGGUCUCCACACAGAAAAAGGCGACACAUUCAUUUCCAUAUCUGCUUCUAAGCCUUAUCAACACAAAAGCCAUGAAGAACUAAGGUGGGAAGAUUACAAGCAAGGAGACAAAGGUGGGGUUUUUCCUGGUGCUCAUACCUAUCCCAUAGGCUCAAGGCCAAUCGCUGCUCCAACUGGUUUCUUCCCUGGUAUUACACCAUCAUUCACAACAGUUCCUUCCAUAAACUCGAGUGUUCAGAGACCCCAUGAAACCGCUACUUUUCCUCCUCCCCCAUCACCCCGAUGCACUGCAUGUGGAGCAACGAGUAGCUCCUCUGCUUCUGGCCACUUCACCUUUAAUGGUGCCACAACUCCUCCAUCAGCUGCUACAACUCCUCCCGGGAUGUUCUUUCCUGCAACUGGUUUUGGUCCUAUGAUGUUUGGUGCAACUCCUUCUGUUCAAGGCGCAACUCCAGCUCUCCAAGCCUAUCCUGUUCAAGGUUACAUUGUUCUCCCGUUCGCGGCCAUGAGUCUGCAGUAAUUUCUCUUUGCUCUCUGCAUCAAAACUCUUUCUUUCAAGUUGUAAGACUAAGUCUCUGUUUUGAUUAGAUGCAAAAAACAGUUGUCAACUUCAUGAUUUUUCGUUUUAGUAAAGAAAGAUAUUUGCUAUCA